UGUCACUUCAGCGCGAAGGAUUUCUGACGUGUUGUUUUGUUGAUGUACACUUGGCACUUUGGCAAAUUUGUAAGCCACCGGGAAAAAGCUGCAAAAUGUUCAAUAUCGCUACACACAUGGACUUUGAGGGUCAAGGAAGGGCCGAAAAGCUUUCCCGCAUCAUCAUUACACUGUUCGGUACCGUCGGUCUAGUGUGGGGCUACAUUAUCCAGCAAUUUUCUCAAACGGUCUACAUUCUCAUCGCCGGUGUACUGCUGGCAUCGAUUCUCACCAUUCCACCUUGGCCCAUUUACCGUAAGAAGCCACUAAACUGGCAAAAGCCUCGCCCCGAUCCGCAGUCUACGCAAAGCUCAUCGGAUGAAACAAAAAAGAAAAAGAAAAAUUAGUUCUUUCUCGCAUGA